GCUGGACUUCACUGAGAGCUGUGGGAGACACCCUGUCACUCAUUCACACCUUCAGCAAAGACACAGAGCAAAGAAAGGAUGCGUUGGCUGUGUGCGUUGGGCCUCUUGUCGGCUCUGCUGCAUCUGUCCACCUCCCUGCGGCUGGGAGCCUUCAACAUUCAGACAUUUGGAAAAGCAAAGAUUGAGAAGGUCGAAGUCAUGGACAUCAUCACCACGAUUGUCCAUCGUUACGACAUCAUUCUGAUCCAGGAGGUCAGAGACAGCGAUCUGACGGCCACCGAAAAACUCAUGGACCACGUCAACAAACGUUCGAUCGACUACAACUACACCGUCAGCGAGCCUCUGGGUCCCAACACCUACAAGGAGAGAUAUCUCUUCCUCUACAGGACUUCAAUGGUGUCCGUGCUGGACACAAACCAAUACCCAGAAGGCGGUGCCUUCACCCGCCCGCCCUACGCAGUCAAGUUCUCCUCCCCACACACCGUUGUGAAGGAGUUUGUUCUGAUCCCCCAACACACCACACCUACAGCGGCUGUAAAGCAAAUUGAUGCCCUCCGUGACGUGGUGGAUGAUGUCAUCACCAGAAUGGCAACCAAUAAUGUUGUGCUUCUGGGCGACUUCAACGCUGGCUGCACCUACGUGAAGGAAAGUGACUGGAAGGACAUCAGACUCUUCACGGAGGACAGAUUCCACUGGUUGAUCACCAACACGCAAUUCAGUUCAGUGAAAAAGGACUGCCCUUAUGACAGGAUUGUGGUCACCAAUGAGAUGAACAUUGGAGUGAAGCCCAACUCCGCUCAGGUCUAUCGCUUCGACAAGGUACCGGGUUUCCCCAAAUUGGAGGUUGUAAAUACAUCUUUAGUUUUGAUUCGUCUUAGUGACAAGAUUCACAUCAGAUGUAAUUUACAGAAGGCCUGGUGCAUCAAGAUGUGUCACCAUAUGAAUAAAUGAAGGAGUAGAAGGGACAUAGAACAUAGACUACGGCGUCCUUCGUAUUGAGGACGUAUGUGUGGUGUGAUCUCAGUUAGUGCUGAAUGCUGUCUUUGUCCCAAUGCACGGGGACAUCACUGUAGGGACAAGUUACAAGUGCUACAGACUCCAAAAGCUAAAGGGAAUGCGGCUGGUCUGGGAAUUCCAGGCAACCAAAGCAGACUGAAGGGAAUUUUCCCAGACCAGCUGAGCAACAGUUUGGUUCAGGACCACAGUUAAUAGUUGAUGGUAAGCAAAGCCAGUAAUGCAUUCAGUACUUCAGUGAUGGAAGUGAAAUAGGCUUUGAUGACUUACUGAGUCUAACAGAUCAUAAUAAACAAACUACUUUUCUGCCCAAUCGAGGGAAUCUUGCUGAAUCCGGACCAACUAGAAAUGGUGCCACAGGGGAAACCUACAACUAAGCUUUCUCUCCAUCU